GGCGGGCCGAAGCUGAUCUGACACUAGAGGUGGGGUCCAAGCUUGGUCCCUGGAAAGCCGGCUGGAUCCGGAUGGGGAGACCCGGGAGCUGUCCCGCCCUGCGAAUCGCCCUUUACUGCUAGGUUUGGAGGACGGAGGUGCCCAGUCCUAUAAGGCACACCACUCCGUCGCUGGCAGGGUCUGGGAGUUAGGGUCCCUGGGUUCUGAUUCCCUCACUUGCAUGGACGUCGCGUGACCUAGGCCCCCCCUUUUUUUUACCUGGGCCUCAGUUUCCCCAUCUUCACGAUACCGGAGGGUUGGAACUGCCAAGCGCUAGUAUUCCAGAACGGUAAUGGGGAGAGGAGCAGGGGGAGAUGGGGGACCUACACGUGAUCUCCCCGCGCGGGGCCCCGCCCAUCCCUGGUCUAAGGGAUGGAAGUGCGCUCCGAGGACGGGCGGGGGUGGGCGGAUCCUAAGAAACCCGACCCAGCAGCCCUCAGCAGCGGCUAAGGCGGAGCGCGCGGCUCGGCGGCCGGCUAUCCCAGGCAACGGCACCUGAGAAGGAUGGGGACCACAACCCAGGCUUCGCAGAGAGCCACCUUGCAGGCGAGGGCGGUGCAGCGACUCGGCGUGUGACUCCGAGCGAAUCGAGGGAGGAUGGACGAGGGAAUGGGAGAUAGCUAACGGGGCUCCCUCUCUGCGUCCGGUCCGCAGAGGUGCACGUCGCAGGUCUCCAGAGGCUCCGUCGACAACAGCGGCAGCACCGAGCUAGUGUCGGGCCAUGAGGAGCGCGCGGGCCGCCCGGCCCCGGGCCGCCGUCGGGGCUGACAGCGUCCUGCCGCGCUGAGGGCGUGGACCGGAGAGGGGCGCGGGCGGCCGGGCGGCGCAGAAGCGCACAGCCAUGGCGAGGGAGGAGUGCAAGGCACUGCUGGACGCUCUCAACAAGGCGACCGCAUGCUACCACCACCUGGUGCUGACCGUCGGCGGCUCGGCGGACUCGCAGAACCUGCGUGAGGAGCUGCAGAAGACGCGCCAGAAGGCGCAGGAGCUGGCGGUAGCCACCCGCGCCCAGCUGACGGCCGCGCUGCGCGACCGGGGCCUGGGCGCCGAGGAGCGCGCCGAGUUCGAGCGCCUCUGGGUGGCCUUCUCCGGCUGCCUGGACCUGCUGGAAGCCGACAUGCGGCGCGCACUGGCCCUGGGCACCGCGUUCCCGCUGCACGCGCCGCGGCGGCCGCUGGUGCGCACCGGUGUGGCGGGCGCCGCGGCGGGCGUAGCGGCGCGCGCCCUGAGCGCCCGCAGCUUGCGGCACGAGGCGGAGGGCGACUUCGACGUGGACGACCAGCGCGAGCUGGAGCGCGAGAUCCUUCAGGUGAGCGAGAUGAUCCACGACAUGGAGAUGAAGGUCAACGUGCCCCGCUGGACGGUGCAGGCCCGGCAAACGGCGGGCGCCGAGCUCCAGGCCAGCGCCAGCGCCUCCUCGGUGGGCGCGGUGUCCGUCCAGGAGCGCACGGGGCCCUGCGACCCGAGCAAGGCCCUGGCCGCCACCGUUUUCAGCGCCGUGCUGCUGGCGGCUGUGGCCCUGGCCGUCUGCGUGGCGAAGCUGAGCUGACCGGCACACGACUUUUCCUGCCACUACCCCUCCCUCCCCGGAGACAUCCCUCGGGAACGACGGCAAUCGCCUGGACUCGGGAUGGGAGUGGGAUCUGGCACGUUUAAGGGAAGGGGUUCUAAAACCGUGUGUGUGUGUGUGUGUGUGUGUACAUGGUUUCCUCUUGCUGGCCCGGGAGGAGUUAAUUUUGCGCGGGCAGCCAGGGCAUUACCGCUAAUAUAUACAGCAGCUUUAUCCCCUAUUAAUAGAAAACCGUCCACAGUGACCCCAGAUUCCCCCGAGUUAAUGGGUGACCACGUGUGCUGCUGGGGUAUGUUUACACGGAUUCUCAGUUUGGUGCCCCCAACCCUACCAGCGAUCCCCACUCUCCGCGUGGGGCAGUUUGAAAGGGGGAUGAGGUGAAGUGAAGUCGGGGGAGGGGAGUUGUUUUGCUCUGUGUGGGUGGUGAUUUUGUUUCCUGGACAAUACUGUAAGAAGAUGUAAGCAGGUUUUAUUACCUUAAUCCUUUGGGGCCUAAACUUAGGACAGUGUGCAAAGAGAAGUCUGUGCAAAGUGCUUUCACCAUGGCGCACCAUUGAGCUUCUUGGCAGGGUUUAUCCAUUAGUUUCGAAAAGCAGCUAGAAGAGGUUUGGGUUUGGGGUUUGGUAACCUCCCCCACAAGUGCUGACCCUACUUAGGAAACCAGAGAAGACACGUCGAACCCGCCCUCACGGGUUUGGAUCCACUGCACCCACUUGCCUGUUGAAAAGGGGUCCCCUGGGUAAGCCUGGAAGGCGCACAAGCUUUGGGAAUGGACAUAUGCUAUUCAAACAGGCACUUUCUCCUUUGCCGGGGCUUAUUUUUGUUCCAGAAUUAGACCAGAGUUUUUUAUCCUCCCUUGGGGGAGGGCUGCAGAAUCCUCUUUGGAGCCCUUAAUCCUAUCUAUCCCUUGGAAUCUGCCUGCUGGCAGCAGGAGAGCUGGCUUUGGAGGAAGCUACCCAGCUCUCUGACCCUCACACUGACCCCUGAGAGGGUAAACCUCACUGCCCACGCUGUUGGAGCUGAUUAGCCCUGAGACUGGGUUAGAAGGCAACAGCUUCCACUCGGAAAUUUCAGCAGCGUUUUAAAAACAAGAUCAUUGAGAAAGAAAAACCAUAUAACCAUAUGAUGCCCUAUCAAAGCCAGUUUUUUAUAGAGGACAUUUGGCCACAAAAUCAUACGUGCCAAUGAGUCAAACACAGUGGUCUUUACUUACAACCUUUAGUUAAUAAAUAUACAUCUAAUAUUAAAAUAGACCUUGAAGGCAGGAGGUCGUAGCAUAAACUACUGGAACCACGGUGUACAUAACAGAGGUUGAAUGACCCCUACUUCUUUUGCUCAGUAAAUAAAUAAGGUGGAAACCCCUGGGUCCCAGGCUGAGCAGAGCCACCACUUGCCACCUGUAGUGCAGAGAGAACAUAGUUGGGGAAAUAAGACUGAGAAAACACAUACAUUUAACUCUCAAAAGGUAAUUAGGAAUAAAACCCAGAGACUUUGGCUGAAAACUGACAAGGAUUUUUUUUUUUUCUUUUUUACCCUGAAAGUGGGAAAGAGGACUAGGAGGAGGGAAAGGACAGUUUCACAAAGGCAGCUUGGAGGGCCACGGGGUAGGGGCAGGUAGCAGGAGUGCAGCCUUGGCUUCAGCCCUGAGGGCCACAUUUCCAGCCCAGCUUCCUCCCCCUCCUCCUCAGCACACAGAUUCCAGUACCUCAUAGUGAAAAUGGAUCUGUGUGUGUGUGUGUGUGUGUGUGAGAGAGAGAGAGAGAGAUAAUGGUUUUAAAACACCCACAGGGUCUUAAGCCGAUUAGAAGUUUUAUGAUCUUAACUAAUAAAAGAAACACCUCCGGCCUCAUCUGAAUAGGGGCCACUCAAAUUCUUUUGUAUGCGCUCAGGGUAACUUCACAGAUGACACAAAAUUUUCCUAACUCCCUUCCCCAAAAUCUCAGCUCUCCCAGACAAGAGGAGGCUGGGCAUUUUGUGACCCAAUGUUGGCAACUAACCUUUAAUAGCACACCCUAAAUAUAUUCUCCUGUUUCCAAUACAGUGACUCUUCUGUUCUUAUCAAGUUGUUUUGGUUCAGAACGAUGACAAAAAGUUGUUCAGCAGAACCUACUGAAGAAAAAACCCAUCCAAUGUUGUGUAAUCCAUAGAGAGCACUUGGGACAAAUGUCUUGUCACCCUUUCCACCCAGUUGGCAAAUCCUUGGGUAUUUAAUUAUAUGUGCAAUCAGAUGUGUACCUAAUUCCAAGAGUCCUCUGCUCACCGAAAUUAGGUAUAAAAUGUUGCACCCACACACACAAAAAAAAGCUGAAUUACAAUGAACAUAUUUAUCCUGUGGACCUGUUAACCUGAACAACUCUGUGUUUGAAAGUUUUAAGCAUUAGGAAUAUUCGGUACUAUUUGGAAUUCUAACAUUGCCUACUAGAACUUUCGCUAUGUGGUGCACGCAGAAUCACUUUCUGCUUGAGCAAUAAGCUGCUGUCACUAUGUCUGCUCUCAUUUCUAUGUAUAUAAUUAAAGACAUUGCUUUCUGAUAGAAGCCUGAUUCUAUAUAGGUGUUUGAUAUCAAAGUCAUUAGUUUUCUAAAAACACUUGGUAUGAUUUUAUACCAUGAUACAAGUAUAGAGAAAAAAUUCAAAAUGUUUAACAUAGGGUAUAUAUGAUGAGGUCAACGUUAGAGUCCAUGGCAAAAAAACCCAUCUAAUUUCCCAAAUUAAAGAUACAACUUAAAGGAUAGAUCUUUAUAUCCAAAGUUAAAUGCUAUGAUACGUACCUGUAAAGAGAAAAUAUCCCUGACUUCUCUUCUGGGAAAAACAGUACUGUUUUAUCUGAUUUGGAGAAGACAAGCAAUUGGAAUGUCAAAGCACUUACGGAAACUUUAAACUAUUGCUAGUAGUGGAAAAAACCAAAACACUGAUGUUUGUAGAAGAGAAAAAAAAUGCCUGACAAAUUCAUUUUUUGUGUGCUCAAAGAACUUAAUGCUUUUAAAUGCUGCAAGGGAAAGAUUUUUGGUAAGGAAAAUUAGAGCAUAACCUGCGUGAUUUACUUAAGGUUUACAGUAAACUACAUAAGACAUGUGUAAUGUCAAAUGACAAGUAGUUUUGGUUAAAGAGCGUUUUGGUUUGCCUGAGGAUCCUGAUGGUGCUGCAUCUUCUGUUUCAACCUGCACAUUGAUACAUUUUUAGCUACUCUGUUGCUUUUCAGAUAUAGCUCUUCCUUCUGUAAUGAAUGCUUGUUAAGGGUGUGAGCCCUGACAUGAGAGCCUGUAUGUCAGCCUGAGAAGUAAAGAACUUGAGACUCUCCUCUGUCUUCCUUUGGGGAAUGCCUCCUCCCUCAAGGCCAGAUCAGCUAUGAUGGACAGGGCCUCUGCCUCUUUUUCCAAGUACCUCAGAGAAGUCAUUGACCUCCCUGUGCCUGGGUUCCCUCCAUGGUGAAAUGGGGGGAGCCCUGACCGAUGGACUCAAAGGUCCCUUCCAGAGUUUAAAACAUUUAACAGAAUGCAGUUAAACGAGAAAGGAUUAUUCCAGUUUGGGGGUUUUUGGUUGUUACUGUUAGUUUGGGUACAUAUGGAAAUGAAAUGUUACAGUUUGGUGGUUAUUAUCUAAAAUUCCAUAUAAAGUUAAAAAAAAUCAGAAUGAACUGAGCUUACUAUGAUUUUAGUCCAUACCAGAAUUAGUGGAUGGGAUGCCUGGGUGGCUCAGUUGGUUAAGCCACUGCCUUCGGCUCAGGUCAUGAUCCUGGAGUCCCGGGAACGAGUCCCACAUCUGGCUCCCUGCUCAGCAGGGGGUCUGCUUCUCCCUUGGACCCUCUUCCCUCUCGUGCUCUCUGUCUCUCAUUCUCUCUCUCAAAUAAAUGGGUAAAAUCUUAAAAAAAAAAAAAAAGAAUUAGUGGAUGGACUUAAAAGCAAAUUUGUAUAAAUGCUACUUAUUUAUAGUAUUUAAAUUAGAUUAGGAAUUUAAAUUCAGACUGUAGAUCUGAGUCCGAGAAAGACUACUAUUGAUUAAAUAGUCGGUUUUACCCAGCAAUCGGGCCACCUAAACUGAUUCUGGGAAAUUACAGAUGUGAAACUCUGUCAUUUAUCCUGGAGACUGGGAAAAUCCUAUUUUGUAAGUAACCUGGAGCCCUCAGAACUAUGACUGCAUUGGCUGCCUGAUGUCAGGAAACAUGAGCACAGUGUGGGGGGUUUUGUAUAUGGCAUCAGAUCCAAAGUGGAAUUAAAGGCUUCAUGUCAACUGUUUACCUGAAACUGUUUAUUAAAUAAAAAAAUCAAAGUUAACAUGCAGCAUUUAUAACUUGGCUGGAAAAGACACCCUCAAAUAAUUCAGCUAUCAACUCUUGUGAUAUAUAUAUAUAUUUUUUUUUUUAAACUGCC